AUGGCUGACGGCACCGCCGCCCACACAGCACAAGCACCCACUGACUGGGCCAUAGCCUUUCAGACGAGGUUCGACGCCAUAUGCAGGCAAUUCUGGGACCGUCUGGAGCAUCAACACCAGUCGUCAACGCCACCACGGGCCAGCGGAGGGACCCAGACACCCGCAGCAUGGGAGCCAGCCAGAGCUCCAUACCCAGACCGGCGCAAGACCAAGGCGCAGCCGGAGGGGCCCCAACCGGGCAAAGCUACAGCUAAGCCGACGAAAAACAAGAAUGACAGUCCGCUUGGGAUGAGAGUCAUAAGGAGUAAGACCCUCACAAGCCACACUCACCUGCGGAAGAGAGCAAAGUACCCACGGAAGCGCCAAAGUGCUGCCCUACGCAGCCCCACACCGGGGAAGGACCUGGCCCCAAAACGGCGACGGGUCCGUAAAAUGGUGGUCCCGGCUCUCACAGAGUCUCAGGGCAGGAAGGGUGCCCCACCUGGAAUACACAGAAAAGCCCAAGUGAACACAGAGGGUCCCGAAGUGCGGACGGGGGGGCUUACUGACAUCCACCCCACACCUGCACUCACAGCCUCCAGACGGGGCAUCGGAUGA